AUGGAAGUUGACGCCGCACCGUCCAAGACGCGCGCCGCGCCCGACUCUGACAGCGCGGAUGGCGAGCGCGCGGGCAAGCGCGCGCGAAUCGACGGCGAGCCCCCGCUCGACACGCAAAAUGCCGUGCCAGAACCCGGCCCAUCUGCUCCUGGCGCGCCGAGUUCGAACUUGAAGAAGAAUGGCAAACCGAAGGGCGACAAGCCAGCGCACAUGACGAAGAAGCUCUCCGCGCGAGCGCGCAAAGCGGCGGCACGCGGUUCGAGGGCACAUGCGAUGCCGGAGGAAAGCACUAUGGAAGCCGUGUUAUUUAAAGAGGUUGAGGACGUGCUGGGCGCAGAUGCCGUUGCCAAGGCUGUAGAGGAGGGUGUAGAGUGGGAAGCGCCGUACCCGAGGGGCAAGGAGGAGAAAGCCGAGGUCGAGGUUCGAAUAGUGGCCAUCAGCGCGUCGGGAUGCGGCAUCGGGCUGCCAGUAGACGCCGGAGGGGAUGAGAGGAGAAAUCAUUGGGCGCUUGUGGUCCCCUUCGCACUGCCAGGCGAACGCGUUCGCGCCCGCGUAUUCCGACAUGCGCGUCUACACUCGCACGCAGACUUCGUCGAGCUGCUCGAGGCGAAUCCCGAGCUGCGUGACGAUUCGCGCGUCAAGUGUCAAUACUUUGGAGAGUGCGGAGGUUGUCAAUAUCAGAUGGUCGAUUACGCCCAGCAGUUGGAAUGGAAGGCGGAUGUGGUCAGGAACGCGUACAGGCGCUUCUCCGGUCUCCCUUCCACCUCUGUUCCCACCGUACAAGCAACCAUUGGCUCCCCGCUACAGUACGGCUACCGCACCAAAAUCACACCUCACUUCGAUGCGCCGCCUAAAAGCGUCGCAAAGAAGUACGCGGGGUCCGAUCUGACUGCGCCGGAGGGUGACAAGCCGGACUGGUUGAGGAUAGGCUUUAACCAGGUCAACACACGACACGUCAUCGAUAUUGAGGAAUGCCCAAUAGCUGCUCCUGUACUCAACCAGGCGCUCCCUUCCAUUCGCGAAGGCAUCGCAAAGAAGUCCUUGACGUAUAAGAAGGGCGUCUCGCUGAUUCUGCGCGACUCUUUGCCGAUACCUGCAACCACUGCUGAGGGCAACGACGCGCCGGCACCAUCCGCUGCUUCAGAAGACGAGGCCCACGUAUGCAUAACGGACUUCAAAGCAACAGUCCGCGAACGCGUCGGACCCUUGCUCUUCGACUAUAACGCCGGAUCCUUCUUUCAGAACAACAACUCGGUGCUCGUCCCGCUCACAUCCUACGUCCGCGACGCGAUCUUCCCUCCCUCUUCCUCGACUGCUACUACUUCUGCCGCAACGCCACCGACACACUUGGUCGACGCCUACUGCGGCGCCGGCCUCUUCGCCCUCUCCCUCGCCGAGAAGUUCGACAAGGUCGCCGGUAUCGAGCUCUCCGCCGACUCCAUCCGCUCAGCGACGCACAACGCAACACUCAACAACCUCGGCGAGAAGUGCACCUUCCGCGCCGGCGACGCGACGUCCAUCUUCGACGCCGUACCCGACUUCCCGUCGCAUCUCACAGCGCUCGUCAUCGAUCCUCCGCGCAAAGGAUGCGACGAGAGCUUCAUCAACCAGAUGUUACAGUUUGGAGCGGGGACGGUCGUGUAUGUGAGCUGUAACGUGCAUACGCAGGCACGGGAUGUGGGGAGGAUCCUCGAGGGACGCGUUAAGAGGGAGGGGAAGGAGGAGGGGAAGUAUGUGAUGGAGAGUUUGAGGGGGUUCGAUCUGUUCCCGCAGACGGCGCAUGUGGAGGCUGUUGCGGUGUUGAGGCUUGUGGACGCGUAA